UCUUCUGUAUCGAUGUUUGUAAUCGAACCAAUUGCGGGAAGCGUGCUUUAUUUUCUACGUUUUCUUUUAUUGUAAUAAUAACAAUACAUCUUUUAUUAUCGUUGAAUUUAAAUAAUGGCUGCCACGCAGUGGUAUAAAGUUCCGUGUUUAUCAAAAAAUCUUCAACUGAAGACUACUCUCACUGGUGGUCAAAGUUUCCGCUGGAAACAAAACGACUGCACCGAGGAUGAAUUCAUCGGUGUAUUUGCCAAUAUCGUGUGGAUUCUGAAGCAAACCCCAACGGAUCUAAUGUAUCAGAUAGUCGGCGAACUUCCCUAUCCCAACGUACACAAUCGGGACGUGAGCGCAGUAGCAGACAGUCCCAAAAUCUCGAAGUCCUCACCUAGAAAACACAAUCUGGCACACAUUCGAAUGAAAAUAGAUGAACCAGAGCGGUACUCAUCGGAUGGUUGUUUGCUGUAUCCGCUUAUCUACUACGAACAGUUGCUUAGUAUUUACUUCCGGUUGAAUGUAGAUUUAGAUCAGUGCUAUCAGCAGUGGAUCAAAAGUCACACUCACUUCGAGAAAAGUGCUGGUCAGUUCUAUGCGGUACGUCAGCUGAAUCAGGACCCGGUCGAAAAUUUGUUCUCUUUUAUUUGCAGUCAAAAUAAUAACAUUUCUAGAAUCUCCGGUCUCGUCGAGAAAAUUUGCAGCAACUACGGUGAAAAAAUAUGCGAAUACCAAGGAACAACAUACUAUAACUUCCCGAGCGUCGAAUCACUCGCCCCGCCACAUGUUGAGGCUGAUUUGCGCCAACUGAGCUUUGGCUAUCGAGCCAAAUACAUUCAAAAAUCGGCAGAAGGAAUUCUCGCCAAAGGGGAUCUCGAAUGGUUUUGUAAGCUGCAAAGGCUCGCCUAUAAGGAUGCCCGUAAGGAACUGCUUACGCUGACGGGCAUCGGACCGAAGGUAGCCGACUGUAUUUGCCUAAUGUCUCUAGACCACCUGCAGGCGGUCCCGGUCGAUACACACGUAUUUAAAAUCGCUCAAAACUAUCUGCCAUACCUGGUCACAGGAAAGAACCUAACGGAUAAGAUGUACAUCGAAAUCGGCGAUAAGUUUCGGGAGAUUUAUGGACCCAUGGCAGGAUGGGCACAGACCGUGCUUUUUUGCGCCGAUCUGAAGCAGUUCAAAGAAAACAUUACCACCGGAAAUGAUGCGGUUCAAGUGACGGCAGACGAAUUUAAGAGUCGUAAACCGGCGAAGAAGUUGAAACGUUGAACAUAUAAAGUUACGGAGCGAUUUA